AUGGAGGAGGCUGAUAGUAGUGGAGGAGGUUCAGGUGAUAUUGGGGGUUACGUAGGAGGAGGAGGUGAUAUAGCUGCCGGUGGAGGAGGUUCAGGUGAUAUUGGGGGUUACGUCGGAGGAGGAGGUGAUAUAGCUGCCGGUGGAGGAGGUUCAGGUGAUAUUGGGGGUUACGUCGGAGGAGGAGGUGAUAUAGCUGCCGGCGGCAGAGGUAAAAACAAGGGUAAAAAUAUCCCUAACCAAGCCAGAGUCGACGCAGAAAUACGACGGGAACAAGUGAGGAAAAGACAACUUGAUAUUGACUUGGCAGGUCCCGCUCAUCAGCUUCCACCACAGGAUUAUGGUGAUGGUAGUCAAAUGCUUAUACACUGGGUUCUCACUUAUCCAGAUCUACUUUCGGAAAUUUAUAAGCAAGAAAGAGAUGAUUGCUGGGCCAUCUCUCUGUGUGCGAUCUUGCUAUUUCACCUCAACAAAGAUCGUCCUACCAAUCAACACCGUGCAGUGGACAUCGAAAACUUUAUCAGGGAUGUAAAAUUUUCGCCUGCGGCCGUCAAAUCCAAAAAGAAGUUCAACGCAAUGGACUAUGCUGUUGGCUCUUUGAGGAAAGCCAUCGAUUACCUACAUAGCCCAGGAAUAGGAAAGGCUGAUGGGAGAAAGGGAUCUAAAGCUUCUACUUUUAAAAGUGAAUUUCGUAAGAAAGAUAAUGCUUCCCCUGAGUUCAUUGCUGACCUUGUGCAAACAAAUGGUCUUGUUGGCAUCAUUGUUGCUUUGGAUGUGGACUUCACUGAUUACGCGGGGGGAAUUCUAGUGUUACGCAAACCAUUAAGAGACUCCGGUCUUUUAAGACAUGCCCUUGUAAUUGUCGCGCAUGGGAGAAUGGAAGAUGGAGCAUUAUUCUUCAUUUUGCAAAACUCAUGGGGGUCUGGAUGGGGUGCUAACGGCUACGCGAGAGCUAUUUUUGAUGGUGAUUCCGACAUCUUUUAUCUACACAAGCUUUUAGAUUGAGACCAAACAUUGUUCUUCUGAACACAUUUGUGAUCCUCUCUUAUUUUGGAAAACGCUUUUAGA